UUUCAUUCAAUGUAUAAGACGAAUAUUCUUCUCUUUUUGGUGUUGCACUCCAUGAACGUUGUGGUGAUAGCAAUUGAUUUGUUUCAUAGUCAGUUAUUGGAGACGAAAAUUGUUCCCUUAUCGGUGUUGAAGGUAAUGAAAACGAUGAUCGACCACCAGCAUCUCCCUCAUAUCCACUCAUUUCCGAAUGCUUUUCAUUUUUAUUUUUUCCUUUCUUAUUGCCUAUUUCCUUCUUUGUAUAAUUAAAUGUUGCUUUAGCUGUAUUUUCGGUAUCACAUUCAACAAGUGGGGGUUUGUGUU